GUCUUUCGCGACAACUAAAUCUGAACGCAGCUUGUGAACGUUUUCAUUUUUAAAUAUUCAGUUCAGUGAGAACAGUUUGUGGUUAUUUUAUUAAUUAAAAUAAGGAAGAUGCCGCCUCAAGGGCAACAGAACGCCGAAUCCUGGGCGCUGUUUGAAGCGGACGCAAAAACUGCCGAACCAAUAAUCGUCCCACCGUCCGCUGAAAAGAGAAAAUGGGAGAUAGUAUGGAGGAACGUUAUACUCUUUUCUAUUUUGCAUUUGACCGCACUAUAUGGUGCUUAUCUCUUCUUCUUCAAAGCGAUGUGGUCAACAAGUAUAUUUGCAUUUAUUUUGUACCUUUGCUCUGGGCUCGGUAUUACGGCGGGGGCGCAUCGGCUGUGGGCCCACAAGUCAUACAAGGCCAAACUCCCAUUGCGAGUGAUGCUCACACUCUUCAAUACAAUAGCUUUCCAGGAUUCCGUGUUGGACUGGGCCCGUGACCAUAGGAUGCAUCACAAGUACUCGGAGACCGACGCCGACCCUCACAACGCGACCCGCGGCUUUUUCUUCUCUCACGUUGGCUGGCUGCUCGUGAAGAAACAUCCUCAGAUAAAGGCCAAAGGCAAGACCCUUGAAAUGAACGACCUCUGGGCUGAUCCUGUAUUGCGUUUCCAGAAAAAGUACUACAUGCUGCUAAUGCCUUUAUGUUGCUUCAUUCUGCCGACCUACAUCCCUACACUAUGGGGUGAAUCCUUGUGGAAUGCGUUCUACGUCUGCGCUAUAUUCCGAUACGUAUAUGUUCUCAACGUGACUUGGUUGGUCAACUCCUUAGCCCACUUGUGGGGCUCCAAGCCCUACGAUAAGCACAUAAAUCCCGUCGAAACUAAACCUGUUUCCUUGGUCGUACUAGGCGAGGGCUUCCAUAACUACCAUCACACUUUCCCCUGGGAUUACAAAACUGCAGAGUUGGGUGAUUACUCUCUUAACUUUACCAAAAUAUUUAUAGACGGUAUGGCCAAGAUCGGUUGGGCUUACGACUUGAAAACUGUAUCUACUGAGAUUAUCGAGAAGAGAGUAAAGAGAACUGGUGACGGAAGCCACAGUGUAUGGGGUUGGGAUGACAAAGAUGUUAACGCAGAAGAGAAGAAAAUUGCCCACACAGUUAAUCCCAAAGAAGAAUGAAUGGAAUACGUUCCCAAUUGAAUGCUCUAUGCUAAGCUGUAUAAGUCAUAUUAGAAUUAGAUAAACUGAGUCGAUUGUGACAGAUUUGUGAUAAUUUCAAUAAGUCUGCUGUAUCAUGUAAUCUUUGUUUUUUUUAAGUCCAAUUAGAUUAAAUACAAUGGAGAUUUUAAUAUCUUUGCGAAUCACUACAAAUGACAAUCAUAAAUAUAGCUCACAUAUUUUCUAUUUUUAUACUUUGUCAUACUUGAAACGAAAAAUCAAACUAUGAUUAUUAAAUAAUUCAGGGAGAAGUGCGAAAAAUAGUGAUAUUAUUGGCUUCAGUGGCUAAGGUGGCAAUGGUUUUGUAAUUGCAUUGCUCAAUAUAAACAUAAAUAUGUAAGUUACAAAUUCGCGUAGGUUUUAGGUAGACUAUUAUUUAUUAUCACGGAGAACCAAAUAUUAAAUAAAAUAUUGUAUCAAAUUUAUGUUA